CUCUCUAUAGAUGAAACAGAAUUCAGAAACUUUAUUGUCUGGCUUGAAGACCAGAAAAUCAGGCACUACAAGAUUGAAGACCGAGGGAACCUAAGGAACAUACAUAGUGAUGAUUGGCCCAAAUCUUUUGAAAAGUAUAUGAAAGAUGUAAACUGUCCUUUCAAAAUGCAAGAACGACAAGAAACAGUGGACUGGCUUCUUGGAUUAGCAGUUAGGCUUGAGUAUGGAGAUAAUGCCGAUAAGUAUAAGGACUCUACCCCUGAUGGUGCUAAAAAUGCUGACAAUACGGCAAAAAAUGCAGAGCCACUGAUUAACUUGGAUGUGAAUAAUCCUGAUUUCAAGGCUGGAGUGAUGGCUUUAGCUAAUCUACUUCAGAUCCAGCGACACGAUGAUUACUUGGUAAUGCUUAAGGCAAUUCGCAUUUUGGUUCAAGAGCGCUUGACGCAGGAUGCCAUAGCGAAGGCGAAUCAGUCCAAGGAGGGUUUGCCUGUUGCUUUAGAAAAGCACAUUCUUGGUUUUGACACGGGAGAUGCUGUUCUCAAUGAAGCUGCCCAAAUUCUGCGACUGCUGCAUAUAGAGGAACUCCGAGAGCUGCAAACAAAAAUUAACGAAGCAAUUGUAGCAGUUCAGGCAAUUAUUGCUGAUCCCAAGACGGACCACAGACUGGGGAAAGUUGGAAGAUGAACAGAUUAAAAUUUUAGUCUGUUGUCUACUUAAUACUAUUAGGAACUAUGUACACCUCUGGCAUGCAGUUUGAAAUGGAUAUUAUUUUACUGUUUUGAAAGAAAACAGGAAAUUGAAUUCUGAUUGUUCUAGUGAAUUACCAUUUUUCUUUAAAUAAAGUUGGGGAAAUAGAGACAAUUUGUCUCUGAUUAGCUCUAAGUUGGCAAAUAAGAUUGUUCUUAUUCGUUGUGUUUGGCCUUGUUGAAAAGGGAGUAUUAUAUAAAGGCUUUGCAGAUUCCUCGUUUGCUGAAGUUCUGCCAUGUGAAGGGCUCAGUCCUGGCUGGCUUGCUGCUUCUCCACAGUCUCCCCUACAACUGAAAUAUUUAAAAACGAUCCAAAGGGAGACUUAAAACAACCAUUUUAUUUAAUUAUUGAAGUAACCUAGAAGUAGUGAAGCAUUACAAGUUAAAUGGUAUUUCUGAACAUGUAUUGGUCUACAUUGGGUAGGUCUAUGAAGGCGCUUUAAAAAAAAAAAAAGCACGAACAGAUUAAUUCUAGCAUAUUCUUCUAAUAUAAAUACUAAAAGACAUGCAUUGAGGCAGUGUUGAAAAUACAGAAUUGUCUUCUGGAAAAAAACUUCAAUGCUUUUUGCUAUAUCGCAACUGUUUUGCACGCUUUUUGAACAUACACAGUGUCUGUCUUCAGGGCUGUAGGUUACUUAGACCCAGGAAGAUACUGCAUCCAAAGCUUUCCUUGGGCACUUAUUUUUUGGUUAAAAGACCUCUUGGUCAGAUUGUCAAACUUUUU